UGUAGCACCGUGAUCCUGCGAGAAACGACAUUUCAAUCCGCCUUAUGUCCACACGUGUAGUGGAAUGACAAUAAAGCUCGACUUCACUUGAUAUCUGAAAAUUUUGAAUCAGAAUAGUCCAUCUGCCAUCGGUGGUUCAACCAUAAUGUUAUGAAGCAACAAGAAUACUUUUUGAAUGCAAAGAAAAUAAAAAUAACGACUUCAUUCAACAGUUUGUACACUGAAGGCAGAUGGGACUAUUCUGAUGAUGUCUUUUAUACUUUACUGGGCCUUUACAGUCAAUGCGUCAAUUUAAAAUAUCUUAAAAUGUCUUCCAAAGACCACAGGUGUGGAACGACACGGGGGUAAGUGAUGACAAGUGCCAAAAGUUUCAUUUUGGGAUGGAGUAACCCUUUAAGACGACUAAAUAUUUAGCAUCAUUUGUGCACGGAUUCCCCUCGUGCUUCAGUGUCCAAACAAACUAUAUGUGUUUGAGAAAGUUGCGAGCUUUAGUUUCCUUCUUUUUGGACAGGCCGUCUCCAGAAACACCAAUAAUCCUCCUCAAGUCAUCCUUUUCUCUUUCACUUUAUCUCUCUAUUCCAAUACGUCAGCCCCUCACCCACCGUACAUCUUCUCCGUCUCUCUCUCUCUCUCUCUCUCUCUCUCCCACUGUGGGAGCGAAGUGUAAUCCAUGUGGAUUAUCAUAGUGGGGAGGGCAAACCGAGUGCGUGAGUGUAUCUGCUUCUGUUUCACUUCCUCCCAGCUGCGUUGAACAUGAGGGUGAGAGAAGCCGAAAGACAGGUGAAACCGCAAAAGUCAGUCAGUCCGAGUCAUUCACCAUCGGGGAGACUCCUGGAGGAUUCAUACAGACUCUGAGGAAGAAGGAGCGUGAUGAGGAGAAUGAGGAAAGGAUGAGAUGCAAGCAUCGAGAGGGGAUGAUCAGGAACGGGGAGAAGAGAGCCGGAUGUCAUUAUUUCAGAAGAAAAAUCUGGGAGGUUUUCUGUGUCACCCAAAAACACACUUUUGAAGCUUCCGGGGCGUCUUUUGGGCACAGUUUGAUAUCAAGAGCGGACUGGGAUUACCGCACGAGGUCUGUCUUCAGGAGCCGGUGAGCUGGAGAUCGUACACGCUGCUGUUUUAUGCACGUGGCAGGGGUUGAUGGGUAGGAUGAGGAGCGUUGCACUGCUCUGGGUGCUGUUUUCAAGUUGGACCAUCCAAACACAAGCUCAGAUGAGGAUAUCACCUGAAACGGUUCAACAGUGGGCCGAAGCCUUUGGAAAACAGCUUUUGGCCUUGUCAAACAGAUACUCAGGCGCUCAACUCUUACAGAAGAAAUAUAAAGAUGUGGAGCCCAUAGUCAAGAUGCAGGAAGUGGAUGGUCUAAAAAUGGUGAAGGAAUUUGCUGAAGACAUGGAGAACAUGCUGGGCAGAAAGAUGAAAUCAGUGAAGAGAAUGGCUGAGACAGUAGAGGAUGCCGAUUUUUAUCACGAAUAUAAUGCAACAUUAGAGUUUGACUACUACAAUUCCAUGAUGAUUAACACUUUAGACGACGACGGGAACUACGUGGCCCUCGGGGGUGAAUUUCCUCUGGAGGAGAACGAACACUUCAACAGACUGCCUGUCAGUACCCAGCAAAGCGUCAUACAGGUGCCCACCAACGUCUACAACAAAGAUCCCGAUAUUCUUAACGGGGUGUUUAUGUCAGAAGCGCUGAAUGACGUGUUCACCAGCAACUUUGAGAAAGACCCGACUCUAACCUGGCAGUACUUCGGCAGUUCGACGGGAUUUUUCAGACUUUACCCCGGUAUCAAGUGGACACCUGAUGAAAAUGGAGUCGUCACUUUUGAUGGCAGGAAUCGCAACUGGUACAUCCAGGCAGCCACGUCCCCCAAAGACAUCAUCAUCGCUGUGGACAUUAGCGGUAGUAUGAAGGGUUUGAGGCUCACCAUUGCUAAACACACCAUCAACACCAUUCUAGACACACUUGGUGAAAAUGACUUUGUCAACGUCAUUGCGUACAGCGAUUACGUCCGGUAUGUAGAGCCCUGUUUUAAAGGCACGCUGGUCCAGGCCGACCUGGAUAACCGCGAGCACUUCAAACUUUUGGUGGAGGAGCUGCAAGUGAAAGGAGAAGGGAAGGUGAAGAAAGCCAUAAAAGAGUCCUUCAAGAUUCUCAACGAGGCAGCAGCGGAAGGCAGGGGGAGUUUAUGUAACCAGGCCAUCAUGCUGAUCACCGACGGAGCCAUGGAGGAUUUCCAGCAGGUGUUUGAAGAGUUCAACUGGCCAGAACGCAAGGUGCGAGUGUUCACAUAUCUGAUUGGACGAGAGCUAACGUUUGCUGACAAUGUCAAAUGGAUUGCCUGCAACAAUAAAGGUUACUACACUCAUAUCUCUACUCUGGCGGAUGUUCAGGAGAACGUGAUGGAAUAUCUUCAUGUGCUGAGCAGGCCAAUGGUCAUCAACCAUGAUCACGAUAUCAUUUGGACAGAGGCGUACAUGGACAGCGUGCUACCCAACACAGCAGAGCUUUUCAACACACAGGCACAGAGUUUGCUGUUGAUGACCUCCGUGGCCAUGCCUGUGUUCAGCAAGAAAGAAGAAACUCUGUCUCACGGGAUCCUCCUUGGUGUGGUUGGCACGGAUGUCCCUUUGAAAGAGCUCAUGAGAUUGGCUCCUCGAUACAAGUUGGGAGUUCAUGGCUACGCAUUCUUAAACACUAAUAAUGGCUAUAUCCUCUCUCAUCCUGACCUCCGACCUCUGUAUAAAGAUGGUAAGAAGCUGAAGCCAAAGCCGAACUAUAACAGUGUGGAUCUGUCAGAGGUGGAGUGGGAAGAUACAGAAGACGCAUUGAGAACAGCGAUGGUAAAAGGGGAAAGUGGGACAAUCUCUUUGGACGUCAGAGCAACAGUAGAGAAAGGAAAGAGAGUUGUUUUCCUGAAAAAUGAAUAUUUUUACACUACCAUUAAUGAGACUCCAUUCAGCCUCGGGAUUGUACUUACCAAAGGUCACGGAAAGAAUAUUUUCAUCGGAAAUGUUUCAGUUGAAGAAGGCCUACAUGACCUGACCGCUUCUGAUGUCACUAUUGCCAACGAAUGGACAUACUGUGAGACUGACAUCGAUCCACAUCACCUCAAACUGACACAGUUUCAGGCUGUGGUUCGGUACCUAACAGGGAAAGAACCAGACCUGGAAUGUGAUGAAAGACUUCUGCAGCAGACUCUGUUUGACGCAGUGGUCACAGCUCCUAUGGAAGCCUACUGGACCGCUCUGCUGCUCAACGCCUCCGGCAUCGAUGGGGGUGUGGAGACGGCGUUCCUGGGCACGCGCUCCGGCCUCACCAGAAUGAUCAGAUACGUCGGCGUAGAGAAACGCGUGGCGAAAAAAUUCUUAUCUCCAUCGGAUAAGGAGAAUAUUUUUACUCUGGACCAUUUCCCUGUUUGGUAUCGUCGCGCGCCGGAGAAUCCGUCUGGACGAUUUUUGUACUAUGUCCCUGUAGAGGAGAGCACGCAAGUGGAUGGCAGAUUUGUGAUUGCCGUCACGUCCGUUACGGUCUCUGUGAACAAAAAGACAGCGGUUGCUGGAGCCAUUGGCGUACAGAUGACUCUUGAGAUGUUGGAAAAAAGGUUUUGGUCCAUAACUACACAGGGGAAUGACACGGAUUGUUCAGGUGUAGACGGGCUUUGUCCUCUAAGCUGUACCGAUAAUCCGGAUGUUAACUGCUACGUCAUUGACAGUAAUGGCUUCAUCAUCAUCUCUAAGGACAGGACUGAUGUCGGCAAGUUUCUGGGGAAAAUCGACGGGUCGGUGAUGUCCCAGCUCUUGAAAAUGGGCAUGUUUAAGAGAGUGCUGCUCUACGACUAUCAGGCCAUGUGUAAGGUGAACCCUCACUACACCAGCGGCGCUCGACCCCUGCUAAGUCCCUUUUAUAAUCUUUUGGCAGCGCUGAGAUGGCUCCUGUCGAACUUCCUGCUGUUUUUACUGGACUUCAACAUCUACGGCCUGUGGCACUCGGAUCCCUUCGCCGAGGCCAAGGCCUUGUUCCAUGCAUCUAGUAAGAAGUCGAAGGGGGACAUUCUGCAGCCUUGCGACACUGAGUAUCCCAGCUUCGUCUAUGAGCCGUCGAUCAAAGAAACCAACAGCAUGAUCAAAUGUGGGAGAUGUCAAAAGAUGUUUGUAAUCAAUCAGGUUCCUGAUAGUAACUUGCUGUUGGUGGUGAUUCAGGCCGACUGUGACUGUUCCCGGCAGUACCCGCCCAUCACCAUGGAGCCCAAAGAGGUCAAAUAUAAUGCAUCGGUGAAAUGCGACCGGAUGAGAUCUCAGAAGAUACGAAGAAGGCCCGAGUCUUGUCAUGCAUACCACCCUCAAGAAAAUGCUAAGGACUGCGGUGGGGCCGUGGCAAUCAGCUUGUCCGUCGCGCUCUUCCUAGCCUGUUUAUCAGUUUCUACGCUCACCCGGCGAUGACGGAGGACCUGUUAAACUCAACCUGCUAGAAAUAAUACGAGAUGACUAGACUAGAACGGUGCAAAGUCUUCCACAUUAGUUAUACGUAGCAAAAGGUCUUUGGAAAAUCGGUGUUAUCAAAGAGGAUGGAUGGAAACGAGAGCUAGACCGGACGGCAGCUGGGCUUCGGAGGAGAAUUUAUGGCCCGUAGUGACUUUAUCUCUAAUAUAAAAGCAGAAGACGAAAAAUGACCAUUAUGACCUUGUUUAUUGUUUGAAAAAAUUAUGUCUUGUAUUUAAAACUUUGAUUUUAGUCGUCUGUCCUCCGACUUGCACAAAAAUAUUUUAUUACUAUGCAUUAUUAUCACAACAGAUUACAAAUCUCUGUCAGAGUAAAUUACAAAAGUGCGUCAUGUUUACUUUCUUACAUUAAAUAUAUUGUGAUGCUAACAGGAAGAGUUAGCAUGGCUUUUCACAUUUCUUCUCUCGACCAUUAUGUAAAAUAAAAAUGAACAUUAUGACCUUCAUUGUUGUUACGGGAAUUUGAGAACUUUUGUCUUGUAUUUAAAACUUUGAUUUUAGUCGUCUGUUCUCCAACUUGCACAAAAAUAUUUUUUAACAAUUAUUAUUGCUAUGCAUUAUUGAUGCAAUGUAUUAUAAAUCUCUGUCACUCUUUCGUUUGUUUUCUCGCUCAGGUAUUGUUAUGUGGUUGUUAUUUUUUUUCAAAUGCUGAUGUUAAUGACACUGAUCAUUGCAGGAAUCCCAUGUGUCUUACUGUACACCUAAAACUUAAUUAUAAAAUGUUUUUGAGUUAAAAGGUGAACGUUGGCGAUCUAUGCUGAAAUAAAGAAAGA